AUGUCCUCCAUCGGUACCGGGUACGACUUGUCGAAUAGUGUUUUCUCCCCCGACGGUAGAAAUUUUCAAGUUGAAUAUGCCAUGAAGGCAGUUGAAAAUGGUGGUACAUCAAUUGGUAUCAAAUGUAAAGACGGGAUAGUCUUAGCCGUUGAAAAAAUCAUAAAUUCCAAGUUAUUGGUUCCUGGAAAGAACAAACGUAUUCAAACAAUUGAUAAACAUAUUGGUGUUGCUUAUUCUGGGUUAUUACCUGAUGGACGUCAUUUUGUUAACAGAGGUAGAGAUGAAGCCCAAUCCUUUAGAAAUAUAUAUAAAACCCCUGUUUCGGUUCCCCAUUUAAUGGAUAGAUUGGGGAUUUAUGUUCAAAACUAUACUUGUUAUAACUCCGUUAGACCUUUUGGUAUUGUUGCUAUAGUUGGUGGUAUCGAUGAUAAUGGAUCGCAUUUAUAUAUGAUUGAACCUAGUGGUACUUCCUGGGGUUACACCGGUGCUGCUACUGGUAAAGGAAGACAAACUGCUAAAUCAGAAUUAGAAAAAUUGAAUUUUGAAGAACUAACAAUUAAAGAUGCAGUCAAACAUGCUGCUAGAAUCAUUCACCAAGCUCAUGAAGAUAACAAGGAUAAAGAUUAUGAAUUGGAAAUCAGUUGGUGUUCUAAACAAGAAACUAACGGUAGACAUGAAUCCAUCCCAGAAGAUUUAUUGAAAGAAGCUAUAAAAUUUGCCCAAGAAGAUGAUGAAGAUGAUGAAGACGAAGAAAUGAGUUAG